AGUAAUUCUCCGCUUUUGACUUUUUUCAUUCAAAAUUGACAAACUUUAAAUACAAAUUAAAUAAAAGGGAUAUUAGAUGGAGAAAAAUAAUCUUGUGGGGGUUGGUGCAGACUGUCCAAUAGACAUGGAGAAUCAGAACUAUACAAUAGUGACGAGCCAAUGCAAAGGGCCCCACUACGACGGGAAGAUAUGCUGCGGGGCAUUCAAAGAGCUGGCGUGCAAGAACAGGGACGCCCUCAACGCCGACAACAACAACUGCGCCACCGUCCUCUUCAACUACCUCCACCUCUACGGCAAGUACCCCGCCGGCCUCUUCGGCAACCUCUGCAAGGAAGACAAGAACGGCCUCGACUGCAAACAAGUUGACGACAAAGAAGCCGCCGCCGCCGCUGCAAAGAGCGGCGCCUCCGCCACCACACCCGGCACCAAAUCUACUGCCGCCGUGUUGCUCGUCGCUGCCGCUUCUUUUCUUGCUGUGAAUUCGAGGAGAUGAAUAAUUCUUGUUGAAUUAUCGUAUUGUUAUUCAUUUGUUGUCAAAGUAUGAAAGUGGAAAACUUUAGAAAUCAUUUAAAUAUGACUUAAAGAUACUCCCUCCAUUCUCAAAAACACAUUCUCUUUCAUUUUUUCCACUUCCAACAAAACACUUCCCUUUUCUAUUAAAAAAUCACUUUUACCCUA